UCAUAUACUAACUCUUUAUUCUGUAAAUAAUAGUGUGCACAUUACCAAAAUAUGGGAGAUGAAACACAAAAUCAUGAUCUUGGUCAUCAUGAUGAUGAAACAGGCUUAUACAAGAAAAUUGAGUUUGAUGAUCAAAACGAGUUACCUCUCAUUGCACCAAUCUUUUCAUCCUACAACGACCAAAUCCGCCCCGUUCUCAACGCCAUCGACAGGCUCCGACAACUUGACGUCACGAAGGAAGGAAUCGAGCUUCCCACCAUCGUCGUCGUCGGCGACCAGUCCUCCGGAAAAUCGUCCGUCCUAGAAUCUCUCGCUCGUAUCAGUUUACCACGCGGGCAAGGCAUAUGCACAAGGGUUCCCCUCAUAAUGAGACUCCAAAACCACACAAGUUCUCAUCCCGAGAUUUACUUGGAGUACAAAAAUGGCGAUGUCAUUCCCGUCGAAGAAGAUAAGAUAUCUGAAGCCAUUAAUCUAGCAACAAGGGACAUUGCGGGAGAUGGGAAAGGAAUAUCCAAGACCCCUUUGACUCUCGUGGUGAAAAAGAAAGGGGUUCCGGAUUUGACAAUGGUGGAUCUUCCUGGGAUUACUAGAGUCCCCGUUCAAGGCCAGCCUCAAGAUAUCUACGACCAGAUUAAAGAUAUCAUCAUGGAGUAUAUUCAGCCUGAAGCGAGUAUCAUACUCAAUGUGUUGUCUGCAACCGUUGACUUUCCAACUUGUGAGUCAAUCCGAAUGUCUCAGAGCGUUGACCGAACUGGGGAGAGGACUCUUGCCGUGGUCACCAAAUGUGAUAGGGCUCCCGAAGGGCUGGUGGAGAAGGUCACUGCUGAUGAUGUUAACAUUGGGCUUGGUUAUGUUUGUGUUAGGAAUAGGGUUGGUGAUGAAUCCUAUGAAGGAGCUCGGUAUGAAGAAGCUAAGUUUUUUCAAACACAUCCCGACCUUUCCAAGAUGGAUAAAUCGAUUGUGGGCAUUCCUGUUUUGGCGAAGAAACUCAUGCAGAUUCAAGCCAAGAUCAUAGCUAGAAACUUCCCUGAGAUUGUUAAGAAGAUCCAAGAUAAGUUGAACCAAAAUCUUGCAGAGUUCAGCAAGCUCCCCAAGGAAAUGAACUCGGUGGCUGAGGCCAUUGAUACUUUCAGGAGGAUUAUUGGGUUGAUCAAAGAAUCACUCAAGGAAAUUUUGUUGAGAGGAGAAUAUGAUGAUUACCCAGAUGAGGAGAUGAUGCAUUGUAAAGCUAGGUUGGCUGAGAUGCUGAAUGAUUUCUCAGAUGAACUUGUGAACUCUCCCGAGAGUGAUCGAACCAGGAACUUCUUAAUGGAUGAGAUCAAGCAUUUGAAGAAAGCCAACGAGAUUUCUCUCCCGAAUUUCCUUCCCAGAAAAGCUUUUCUUACUCUAUUACAAGAAAAGGUAAAACGGGUUUCUAUUGUCCCUAUAGCUUUUGUGGGAAAGCUAUGGGAUUACAUAGAAAAGGUCGUGAUGGCUGUUUUUAUCAGCCACGUCGAAGACUAUCACCAGCUACAGUUCAUCACCAGAAGAGCAGGGCUUAAUCUGAUAGAGAAGAUGAAAGAGAGGUCUAUGAAGUGGGUUAUGGAGGCUUUGGAGAUGGAGAAGCUGACUGAUUAUACUUGCAACCCGGAAUUCGAAACCGAAUGGAACAUGUUCAUGGAUCGGAAGGACUCAUUCAUAUAUGAUAUCAAUUACUACAAGCUCACGGAGGUUGCUCCGUCAGCAGUUGCUGCGGAGUCACCAAGAGAAUAUACAGAAGAUGCCAUAUAUACCAUUCACAACAAGUAUAAGGCUCAGACGGACUCAUGCACAGAAGAUACCAUAAAUAUUAUAGGUUUCGGUUUGGUUAAGGUGGGGAAUGCGAAGAAGUUUCCACAUCUUUUGCAUCAAGCUUAUGAUUUGAGGAUGAGAAUGGUUGCUUAUUGGAGAAUUGUGCUGAGAAGAUUGGUGGAAUCCAUGGCUCUGCAUAUGCAGCAGAGUGUUCAUAAGCUUGUGAUUGAGGAGUUGGAGAAGGAGCUUGAGUGUGAGUUAAUAGCUUCAUAUAAUGGAGAUGGGUUGGAGAGAUUGAUAAAGGAAUCGCCUUCUGUUACCACAAAGCGAGUUAAGCUCGCAGCAAGUAUUAAGAAGCUCAAGGAGUGUAAGGAGAUUUUGGCCACCAUCCUCGACCGAAUUUCAAUUCCUGACUGUGAUCAAUGAGAAUAUAAAUGUAUAUAUAUAUAUAUGUGUGUGUGUAUACUAAGGUUAGCAACAGAAUAAAAGUGGGGAAUAAUUACUUUA